UUUCUGAUAAGUAGCCUCAGUUUAGGGGCCUUGAUAUAAAAAACACCGAUCCCACCAGUUUCUACCUGCUGACACUGAGACUUCCUAGUGGUAGGCAAAAUGGCUUUUCAUUCUGUAUUUCUUGUCUUCUUAGCUGGCCUGGCAUUUUUCUCCGAAGCUGCAUCACUGGACUCUGCUGACUCCAAGCAUCCUCUUCUUAUAAAAAUUCUGGAUUCAGUCCGAGGAAGUCCAGCUCCAAAUGUUCCAGUUAAGUUAUAUAAAGAAGCUGCAGAUGGAUCUUGGGAACUGUUAAAUUCAAAACAAACCAAUGACAACGGAGAGCUCCAUGAGCUCACAACUAAAGAACAAUUUGUAACAGGGAUAUACAAGAUUGAGCUCGACACAGCCUCUUAUUGGAAGAGGCUGGGCUUGAAUCCCUUCCAUCACCACGCUGAUGUGGUGUUCACAGCUAAUGAUGGUGGUUAUCGACAUUACUCCAUUGCUGUUCUCCUCAGUCCCUUUUCUUACUCAACUACAGCAGUAGUUAGUGAGCCAGUGGAAUAGAAGCUGACAUUAAGCAUGAAAAUUUAGAUGUGUAAAUUAAAAUUUCCAUAAAUGAUAAGAACUUAGUUUCUGACUGUAUCAACAGUUUUAGAUUUCAUAGUAGAUCACUAACAGUAACAGUUAAGUUGUUUAUUCACUUUGUUAACUUUAGGAAGAAUGUGUAUUGACUUUAUUUUCAAAUACUCUUCAGAAUAAAAGUAUUCUGUAUUUCUGUA